AUGAUGAAGCAGGCAGAGGCAGCGUUAGCAGAGGACAUACGCACGCCUGAGUGGAUCAGCCUGAGCAUGUCCGACGUGCCGGAGCUGGUGCUGCAGCUGAGCGGCGGAGGCUCCAGCCCCAACCUACCGGAGACAGUCGCUGCGCUGCGCGAGGCAGCCGCGGCAGCGAGCGAGCCGGCCGAGAAGGCGCGCCGGCUUCUGCACGUCGUCGCCCGCAACGCGUUUGCGCUGUUGGGCGAGCAGGCGCUAAGGAGUCUUUACCAGGUCGUACGAAGUUUUCGGGUAAACCCUCUCCACAAGCACAAGGUCUCGUAUUACAUAUUCUUGUGGUGGUCGGCUAUGCAAAGAGAGGAGGCCCCUCGUCCGAGUCAGAUGAAACACAAACCGCGCUUGUAA